AUGAGGAACCAGACAAUUCCUGCUUGCAAAGAGAAUGUUUUAUAUACAGGUAUACAGCGCUCCCGUGCAGGCUACGACUUUUCUGUCAGACCCAGGCACGGCGAGCUGGCUGAGCCAGGCCUCCCCAAAAGAAGAGACUGGGCCGGUGACCGCUGGGCUCUGCACCAAGCUGCUGGGCUGCAAGAACAGGGAGCCCGCAGGCCCUGCCCCUGUGCCUCUAGCAGCACCCUAAGUCCCACGGAGGAGAGUUGUACAGAGAGGUCAGUGCUUGCACAGCCAACAUUUGUUUUUCAGAAGAAGGACUGUCUUUUGAAGCGGCCUGCAGAAGACCCAAUUCACAACACUGGAAAUGAUCUCAUUAGUUGUUCCAGAAAGCGAGCAAGAUCAUCAUCUUUUACUUUCCAGAAGUCUGACUCUCAGGCUAUCACAGAUACAACUCUUACUCAGAAAAGAGGGAGAGCAUCUUCUUUCACCAUCCUUCCUACCUUCCCUCCCUCCCAGCCAGUAAACAAUAACAACAUAUUCAUGACCUCAGCUCUUCAAAGAAAACCUGACUUGAUCAGAAGUACAAAAGAAGGAUCCUUGUCACAAAAUCAAUUGUGGAGUGUUAUCAGACCUGCCAUUUUGCAACCCCCACAAACCCUGACCUGUCCUGAAAAUCCUGUAGUACCUCUAGCAACUAAGAAAGAAACACGUACAAAGCUAUCUGAAGACAACUCUUUUUCCUCAGCUGAGAAUUCAGUAAGUUCCAGAAGAGCAGUGAGGUCAUCUACUACCAUGAAUCUUUCUAGCUCUAAAACAACACAAAGUCAUUUGUUUAAAGACAGACUUGUACAGAACAGCAGCAAUUCUGAUUUUGUGUUUGGAGAGAACAUGGUUGAGAGAGUUUUGAGUCCUGGAAAGCAUCCCAAACCAUGUGAUGAAGCAUCCAAAGGAGAAGUAACAUCCAUUUAUAUAGAAUCUUUUCAUGUCAGUCCACAAAAAAAAACAGCUUUGUUAAGGAAUGCAACACUAACUGAAUCAGCAACUGCCUGUAUUUCCAAGCCAGUGGAGAAAAUUCUGCUAGAUAAAGUUGAAGUUAUAACUGGAGAAGAAGCAGAACACAAUGUCUUACAGAUCAACUGCAAGCUCUUUGUAUUUAAUAAGCUUACUUUAACCUGGACUGAAAAAGGCAGAGGAUCACUGAGGCUUAAUGACACAUCUAUCAAUAAGGGUGGCAUGUUGCAGUCAAGGCUAAUUAUGCGAAAUCAAGGCAGCUUGAGACUGAUUCUCAACACCCGACUCUGGGAUCAAAUGGUGAUAAAAAAAGCAAAUAGAAAGAGUCUGUGCUUCACUGCAACAGACCAAGAAGACCACUCUAUUCAAGUAUUUCUAAUUCAGGCAAGCUCAAAAGACACUGGAUGCCUGUAUGCAGCAAUACAUCACCGCCUUGUGGCAUUGCGAAGCUUUGCUGAGCAGGAGCCAGAUGUUAAUCAAGGAGAUGCAGAGCCAGAAAUAGCUUUUCAGCCAUUAAGCUGUGAUAGCAAUGAUGAUGAUGAUGAAAAAAUAAUUCAAGUGAGCAGCAAUGGAUCUGAUGCAGCUGUCCCUGAACAGCAUCAUUCCUUGAAACAGUUGAAUGUUACAUGUCCUCAUAUGUGCAAUAAUCCCAACAGUGCCAAAGACCCGGUCACUCUGUAAAGUCAUUCCACAAGCCUUCAAUUUAGCCAUUCUCAAGAGGAAUCAGAAAAAAUCAAUUCACUCUAAUGCCACCUGUCAAUGAAGAUUUGUCAGAUCAUUCAAAAACCCAUGGACAGUACAGACACCAAUUAUGGUCUGUUUCCUAUUAAUUCUCUCAGAAGAUAAAGAGAAGACAUCAUUGUUUGCUGUAGUUCUGUUCUCCCUUGUAUAUUGUUGGUUACCAAAAAUUGUCAGCCUCAGAGCUGAAACAGUAUCUGAACUCCUUAUAAUUAGGGUAAUUGUAGCCAUUUCUGAAUCUUAAAAGAUGCAUCACACCCAAAGAGUCAAAUUACCACUUAUUC